AUGUAUAAGUGCCCAUUGUACAGUGGAACUUCGUUAAACAGAUGGCUGAAGGUGCAUCAGUUAAUCGAGGCAAUUUUUCAUACAAAUUCGAUUCAAGGGGACAAAAAAAUAUCUGUUUAUCAAGGUUUAUCUGUUUAUCGAAGUUCCACUGUACUUCCAUUCGUAAGUCGCGAUAAUUUUUUGUCGCACUUGAUGUUUAAUAUUUGGUGUGGUGGUUUACCGUGCUAA